AUGAAAUUGAUGAUCAUUAUCGCCAUCCUCUGUCUUGGCGGGGCAUCCAGCAAAGAGAGUGUCAUCAAAGGAAGGAAUAAACCAAAGAACAAGAUUGCCAAACCAAAGAAUUUGUGCUCUUUGGAACCUUCGGAACUAAACAACAUUCGAUGUGUGUGCACUAGGGAGAAGUUCCUACGUGCUUCUUCAGCGGAAUGCUGGAUAUUUGGACCAGUCACCAAAGAACAUUUCAUUUGGGAACUAAUAGUGAAGACUCAACCGUACUUAUCUGAUUUGAACAUAGUCGCGAGUAACCAAGGCUAUCUAAGGGACAUACCUCAGGAGUUUGUUCAGAAUAUGCUGCUGCUGAAGAACUUUACGGUAUCGUUUGCUGUCUUGGAUAGAUUGGAGAAGUUUACCUUUGGCAACUCAACGUCUUUAGAGGUCCUGAAAUUAUCCAGGAACCAAAUCCAACACUUGGAUGCCUACUCCAUCUCAAAUCUGCCCUCGUUGCGCGACAUAAACCUCGAGGAAAACAGAAUACAAACAAUAAAGCUCGUCGCCUUCUCCAACGUACCAAAGCUAAAUUAUGUGCGACUGAACAACAACAAUAUUACCAAGAUAGAAGACAGAGCAUUCAGCAGCAUGAGUCAUGUUCUGGAGAUGGAUCUGUCGGAGAACUAUAUAUGUGACAUUAAUAAUUUAACAUUCUUUGGUUUAUCGAAGCUCAAAGUAAUCGAUUUAAGUUUUAACAGGAUUACCAGUUUGGCUUCCUCGGUGUUUUCGGAGCUGUGGGAUAUCGAGGAACUAAUCCUGGAUCACAACCUCAUCGAAUUCAUCUCGAACAGGGCAUUCGACGGCUUACGUUUCUUAAAGACGAUAUAUUUAAGUAACAACAGGCUAUCGAGAUUCCCAGCUGGACUCUUCACCAGUGUUUUCACCCUCUUCAAUCUGGAUAUAAGCCACAACAGGUUGGAGACUCUUAUUUUCGACUCCAUAGAACAGCUCUACAACAAUCUGAUACAUAAUGGCACACUCCGACUCAAAGCUGAGGUAAAACCAUCGAGUAAAAAUACCCAGUGGGGCAAACAUGUUAUUGUUUUACAUGACCACAUGAACGUGAUGCCCUCGAGUAAACAUUCGUUGGCAGUGGCGGCUGCUGAAAAUAAAGGGGUUGUUAUAUUUUGA